CGCAUCGGUACACGGUUAUAUGCAUUCAUACUGCAGCUCAUUCGAACGACGAGAAUUCCCGUAUGGCUAGGCACGUUUGUCUUAGAUCACUACGGAAAUACUUGAUCUUAUAAGCGUUGUCUUGUCAUAUCAUGUGAAAAGGAAGUCGUCAUUAAAUAUUGAACGCAGCAGUGCCAGUUCUGCCCACAACAGCAACAACAAUAUAGCAACACGUAGAUAUGUAUACAUUCGAAGGCACAUCUGCGCAACAGAAAGUCCAGAAAACAAUAUAAAAGCUAGCCAUCUUCCUACUAUCCCCUUCAGAAUUACCUGAUUUCACACAAACGAGUCGCAAACAAUGCGUUUCUCCUCUGCAACUGUCCUCGCAAUCAUUGCUGCUUUAGUACCAUCAAUCUCUGCCAUGCCAGCUACUAGUGUUGCAGAUAGCCCUUUCGGCUCUCAACACUGUUACAAAGCUUGCUGGUAUGAACAUGAUUGCAAAUCAACUGAACGUUGCACAUCGGUGGGAUGCGUGAGUAUCAGCAUGUUUCUGGACCUGAUAACUCGACUCACCUGCAUGGCAGAGCGUUUUUUGGUACUGCUAUGUGCGUCGUAUCUUUGCCUUAACAUCAUGGAGUGACUAUGGCCGUUGACACUGAUGUGCGACUUAUUUUUCAGAAUUGAUGGACGCACAUAAGGAA